AUGAGUGAGACCGACGAUACCGAUAUUCUUUUGCUGAUACCUCCGAACUUCUUUCUUGUGGAAAGUUCUAGCUCUGAGGAUACCUUCCUGGAGUCUUCUAGAACGGUUGUACAAAAACCGGUUUCUUGUACUGCACAAGUUCUUGGAAAACUAGUUGAUCAAGUGCAUUCAUUGGAAUCUCGUUUGGAAACCUUAGAAAUUGAUACUAGUAACGCUUUCUCAACGGUUGGUUCUUCUAAAGUUAAGGGUUGGGAUUCAGAAAGUGUCAAUAGCCGUAGUAACGAUCGCAAAAGCUUUACAUUUCCUCGUAGACGACGCCGUAAGACCAGAAGAGAAAAACGUAGAGAUAACUCUUUGACCAGCCUGGAUUCCAUUUAUACACGAGAGAAAAGUUUCAAUAUAAAUAAAUUUGAACAACUGAAUACAAAAUCUAUUGAACUUCCACUAAAUGAUUUACAAAGCAUGGAUGGAGAUAUUAGCAGCAUUGUAUCCACUCCAAGUAAGAAGAAUGACAAACUUCUUCUACACGAAAUAGAUGAGUUUUUAACUAAAGUAGAAUCAUACGAAACUCCUGAUUUAAAUCUAAAAGAGCAAAGUGAUAUAAAUCCAGAAUAUGUUAUCCAGGCAACAGGCGAUUAUAUAUCUCAAAAAUUGGACCCGAAGAGUUCAGGUGAAAUACAGUUACCAAGUGGGAGAACAGUGCCAUCUAGUGUUCUAGAUAAGUAUAUCUAUUUAGUAAGGAAUAGUGCAAAUCAAUCUCCACAAGCUAGUACAUCUACUACAAACUUACGACCUGACAAUGAUACAAGUUAUAAUACUCAAACUCAACAUAUUAAGCAAGAUAUAAAAUCUCCAAACAUAAGAAAACUUAACUUCUCAGAAACUAAAGAAGUCCAGCCAACAUCAACUCCAAAACGAAAUAAUCAGCCAAUGGCCAAUUAUUCAGAUACAUUUAAACCAUCCUCAAAUAAAAUUUUGGAUCGAGCAUCAAAAGUUUUAGAGCAUUACAAAUCUCAAAAUUACAGUCGUAAUACUCAAAGCUCUAUAACUGAUGCUAGUGAUAUAAUGUCGUUAAAGAAAGAAGAAUUUAAAAUGCCUCAAGUAAGGCCUUUUGGCUUUGACCGAGAUGCUUAUAAAAUUGAUUCUAUAGAUACAGAUUUAUUAAGUUUAAGUGAACUUUGGAGUGAGAAACCAGACAGGGGAGAAAAAGUAGAUAGCAUUAAAUUGGAGGAAGAGAGAUUAAAGAGAGAGCAUUGUGAGGCUAUGAUCCAACAACUACAAAGGAAGCUUCUAGAACAACAAGAGAAGUUGGCAGUUGCUAUUAAAGUUGACAGAGCUAAAGACGCAGCGAUUAACAAACUAAAGGAAGCAUGGUUAAGGCUUACUGGUAGCUUAGAUAAAGCAGAAGAGAGACAUAGAACAGCUCUGGAUAAGAUGUGUCGUGAAGUAGAUAACUUUAAAAUGGUUGCCGGUGAUGCUCAAAAGAAAACUAGUCAUUUUGAAACAGAACUAUACAAGGCAUUGGAUCUCGCUCAUGACUAUCAAGAAAAAUGCAAGCAAUUAACAAAUGAAAAGAAAGAACUCCAAGAAAAUUUAGACAAAAUUGUAAUAAACAGAGAUGAAGCUAUAAAAUUGAAGGAGAAAGAAAUCGAGGUGUUAAAAGAAAACUAUGAAACCGUGAUGAGAUUAAACAAACAAUCUACGGAUUGUGUUAAGAAUUUGGAAGAUGCAUUAGAAAAGGAACGUUCAGACCACGAACAAGCAAAAUGUAAAGCAAAUGAUCUAAACAAUAAAUUACAGUCAGUGAAUGAAGAGAAGUCAUUAAUACAACAAGAAUGCGAUAUAUUGAAGAACAAAGUGAAUGAAGAACGUUCUAGAAGUAAUAUACUAGAACAUCAGUUGUGUGAUUCGCAGAACCAAGUUAGCGAGUUAUUGAAGAAAUGUGACACUUUCGAGAACGAAACAAAAAUCCUCAAAAAGCACCUGGAGCUGCAGAAGGUGGAACUCAAGAAUCAUUACCAGCAGCAACUAGAGGAUGCAGUUCUAGGCAAGUUGCAGGAGUUUCAGAAGCAGUUGGAACUUGCGGAGAGAGAUAUGGAGAUGGCGUCCAGAAACAAAGAGUUGCAUAUAGUGGAUACAUUUAAUAAGCAAAUCGUGAGAAUUGAGGAACAACACAAGUUAGAAGUGAAUGUGUUGGAGGAAAAGCAAAAGGAAGAAAUAAAACUGUACAGACUACAAUUAGCGCAAGCCAGCGAGAAGAUAGGGCUGUUAGAGAGUAAACUAGAGUCGUACAGACGCCGUCGAGGCGAAAUAGCGUCGCAAUUACAUGGAGUGAUGGAAGCCCAGUGGCGGCAGGCGCUACGUAUACUCACCAGUGGCAUCAGCGGGGGUGCUGGCGCUACUGGUGCCACUGGUAGCUGUGCAACUGGUGCUACUGGUGGGCGCGUUCUGGAAACCUCGCUGGUAGAGUCCGUGGUUUCCCUACCAGAGUACUCGAAGCCGCCUCCAUUAUCGCUGCCCACAGAGGCCCUACGCUCUAAGGAACUGCAGUUCGACCAACUAAAUGACCACGAGCUACAACAAUAUAUUAAAACGUUACUAGCAAAGCCAGCGCACUUCGACUCUACGUCGCCUGAGAUGAACCCUAAAGAAGUGAACGAAGAGCCCACCAGCGACCGGCCGGAGCGCCGGGAGCGAGUGCGCCGCGCCCUGGCCAGCGAGAAACCGCCUUGGAAAGCU